AAAUUUACUGCUACUUGGGAUUUGCCAACAAUAUUUUCCAAUGCGAAAUCUUCUGGAUCGUUUCGGUUAAUUUCUAGCAAAGAACAUGGGACCAAAGAACGGACAUAUUCGGCCAAUUUGUCACCAAAAAAAUAUGUUUGUUGGCAUGUUAUCCAUUCGACAUUGUCGGCUGUAGUUGAUUGGUUGGUGCAAGUGCUUGGGCACCAGCACCAUGAACUAUAUUAGACAUUGAAUUAGGUCAUCCCCUGAAACAAAAACAGGCAACAUGCAUGCUUCAGAUGUUAAUGCACGUUUUCGGACCGUUCGUUUUGAAUCGUGUUUUCACCAUUGUCAAACUGAUGAUUGGCAAAACCGAUUUACCGACCUCCAGACAUCAACAUUUUAUCAUCAACAUUUGCACAAUCUGCGUGUCUGUCCCAUGGUGGCAAAAAUCAUAGGACACUACGAACGUGCAUUGAAAAGGGCACCUGGUUUCACGACCGGAACCGUUGCUGGUGUGUUGGGGUUCAUUGGCGAUGCUUUCGCGCAGCACGUCGAGCGGACAGGUUCUGGCCAGCAUAGCGUUGCCUUUGACGUUCGCAGAAGCUCUGCUUUUACAGUAUACUCUCUGUGCUGGGGAGCGUUUGGUCUGCGGCCAUGGUUGCAUCUGUUGAAUGACAAGUUUCCAGGGAGCUCCGUGCAAGCCGUCUGCCAAAAAGUGGUUCUGCAACAAUUCUUAUGGAAUCCAAUCGUUUAUUUGCCUACAUUCUACAGCUUCAAUGGCUUGUACCGUGGGCAAAAUUUGGAGUCAUUGAUUGCCAAAGUUCGCAAUGAAUACGUCAAUUGUUUGCUCUACAUUUGGAAGGUUUGGUUGCCGGUGUCGAUCGGCAUUUUUGCCUUUGUACCUGUGCGGCAUCAGGUUGCUGUAAACUUUCUGGCAAAUCUGAUUUGGAACACCUUGAUGUCCUUGUUCUACAAUGAACAUCGACUACAAGAGGACAGUGAGUGAGGACUGCUUGUUGGAACACUUCAGGUCAAAAC